AGAGGGGACACAGGCCCCAUCGAUUCAACACAACUGCAUACAUAAGCAUUUACUAAUAAUAAAGCUCGGUUUGUAUAUAAUUUUAAUGGAGUACCACCGCUAACACAUAUGGAGUGUCAAGAGGAAAAGCCGAUCAUCUAUACUAUGGAAAACAAGCCGAUUGUGACAUGUGCUGGAGACCAGGGCUUGUUUACGUCUCUCUAUACUUCAUUGGCCCAACAACUUCCCAGGGAGCCAAUGGAGUGGAGGAGGACUUACGGCCGUGCACCAAAAAUGAUCCACCUUGAAGCUAAUUUUGUCCAGUUUAAAGAGGAGCUCCUCCCCAAGGAGGGCAACAAGGCUCUCCUCACCUUCCCUUUCCUCCACAUCUAUUGGACCGACUGCUGUGACACAGAGGUUUAUAAGACCACGGUGAAGGAGGACAUGAUGCGCUGGCAGAAUAGCUUGCGGACUCAUGGCUCAGCGGACUGGGUCAUCAUCGUGGUGGAGACCAAUGAUACGAAGAAGAAGAACAAGACCAACAUCCUGCCUCGGUCAUCCAUCGUGGACAAAAUUCGCAGUGACUUUUGCAACAAGCAGAAUGACCGGUGUGUCGUGCUGUCAGAUCCUCUGAAGGACUCAUCCCGUUCUCAGGAAUCCUGGAAUUCCUUGCUGCUCAAGCUGCGAACUCUCCUCCUCAUGUCCUUCACCAAGAAUCUGGGACGCUUCGAAGAUGACAUGCGUACGCUCCGAGAGAAACGCACACAGCCUGGAUGGAGCUUCUGUGAAUACUUUAUGGUCCAGGAGGAGCUGGCCUUUGUUUUUGAGAUGCUGCAGCAGUUUGAAGAUGCCUUGGUCCAGUAUGAUGAACUAGAUGCUCUUUUUACCCAGUAUGUCCUUAACUUUGGAGCUGGGGAUACAGCGAACUGGCUCGGCUCGUUCUGUGCCCCAGUGCGCAGCUGGAAUGGCUUGCUGCUUCGGCGGCCCAUCGACAUGGAGAAGAGGGAUGGGAUCCAGCGCGGGGAGGCCAGCCUGUUGGAUCUGAGGAGCUACCUUUUCUCCCGCCAGUGCACCUUACUCAUCUUCCUCCUGAGGCCCUGGGAGGUCACACAAAGAGCCCUGGAGCUGCUGCACAACUGUGUCCAGGAGCUACGCCUGCUGGAGGUGUCUGUGCUGGAGGGGGCACUUGACUGCUGGGUGUUUCUCAGCUGCUUGGAGGUUCUGCACAGAAUCGAGGGCUGUUGUGAUCAGGCCCAGUUAGCUGCAAACUGCUCCCAUACAGUCGGGCUGUGGGCGUACGCGACUGACAAGCUGAAGUCUUUGGGGGAACUCUGUGGCCUGGUGUCAGAGAAGGGACCCACAUCUGAGGACCUGAACAGGACUGUGGAUCUGCUGGCCGGACUGGGGGAUGAGAGGCCCGAAACCGUCAGCAGUUUGCAGAGCCCUUACAAAAAGCUGAAAGAAGCCUUGUCGUCCGUGGAGGCUUUUGAAAGGCACUAUCUUGAACUCUCUCAUGCUGCUAUGGAGAUGUACAGGGCCAUCGGCCGUCUGAGGUCUGCCCGACUGGUGGGGAAAAGCCUCGCUGAAUUCUACAUGAGGAAAGGUGAUCCUGAGCGGGCAGAAACCUUCUUACAGGAAGCUCUGAAGUCGUAUGUAUCAGAGGGAUGGAGCCUCCCUGUCACUCACACCAGGAAACAGAUUGCCGAGUGUCAGAAACUGCUGGGCAGAACUGAAGACUACUUGCAAACCAGUGCCUUGUUGGCUGGUGACGUGAAUCUGACCACGGAGGAGAGAAAGCACUUUUGUCAAGAAAUUCUCAGCUUUGCCGGCAAGUCUGAAGACCAGUCUCCCAAAGUGACCCUCAGCAUGGCUGUUUUUUCUCAGCUCACACGGCUACACUUCCGUCCAGCCACAGCCUCAGUGCACUCUGGAGCCGUCCUGCAAGUGGAGCUCACGCUGCGAUGUUUGAUGCCAGUGUCAGUGCACAUACAGCAACUGGCUGCUAGCAUUCACUUUGACCUGGAGCGUGGAGGGACGAACGGAAGGUCUAAGGGAGCUCAGAGACAAACAAACCCAGGGACAGUAGAGUUUAAUCAGGGUAGCUCGUCGGCGGGUCCCCCCUCCUCCUCGGCUGCUGGUCCCCCUUUAGAGCUAGAGGAGAUUCAGGACAGGAGUCCGUCGGACAAUUCUCUCAACUCUACAGGAGUGGUGUGUAAAAACACUCAUCUGAUCAUGCGCCGUCAUGACAGCAACUCACCGCCGGACACGCCCAACUGCGUCAGCCCUCCUGCUGUUACCGUGAAGGAAGGAGCACAGAUGCUUAAAGUUCAGGAUGUAACGCUACAGCCUGGGAAUAACAGCAUCGUAUUCACAGCACCAAGUGGACAGCCAGGCACUUACACACUGCGUCAGCUGUACGCCACGGUGGGUCAGGUGCAGUUUGUGCUGCCUCAUAUCUACCCAUCAGUCCAGUAUGAAGUUUAUUCUCAGGAGCCCCAACUCACUGUGGAGCCUCUCUCAGAGCCUCUGUUGGCUGGUCUGCCUCAGAUGGUGAAGUUCACUCUGUUGACGGGUCACUACGCUGUGAAGAAAGGAGACGCUCUGCAGCUCAGCAACACAGACACCAUGCCCAUCCUGCCCUCCCCCAGCUGCACCGCCCGCAUCAGUAACCCCACAGAAGAGUUGGUCGGUGAAAACACUCUGUCCAUCCAGUCGUCUGAGAAGGUGACCAGCAUCAGCUUGCCGGCCACCCCUCCCUACCACACUCUGGAGUUCCAGCUCGAGGUUCUGUGCAUCAUCCCGUCUGGCUCGGACCGGCCCGCCAACGAGAGGCUGACCAAUGGGGAAGUCCGCCACCGACCACGCAGCUACAGUCAUCCUGACACGCCCAUGACCGCCAUCGAUCAGAGGAUGUCUAUCGACUGUCCGUGGUCCAUCUACUCCACGCUGCUUGCUCUCACCUUCUACAUCCCCUUCAAGACCAAACAUUCACUGCUUUCUGCUGGUAACAGGAAGUACAUCCAGGUGUGUGUACAGAAUAUGUCGGAUGCGAACUUCACGCUGGCAGAAGUGAAGCUGACGGAGAAGCAGCAUGCAUCGCUGGAGCUGCAGUCUCUCAACACUAAAACUCAACAGCUUUUGUGCAGUAAGCACAGUGUGUUCUGCUUGUGGGAGGUGAGGUGGAAGGACGACCUGCCCUCCUGUCUCCAGUGUGUUUUCUCUGCCAACUUCUGUCCAGUCAACCAAGACGUCUCUGCCUUCAAACCGUUCCACUACCAGUUCCAGCUGGAGAGAGUCACUACUGUCUACAGUGUGAGAGCUGAGAUCUUGCCUCCUGCUGGUGAGCAACACUGUCGCUCCGGGUUGCUCUGUGGGCUCGAGGUGUGUAUAACACGACUGACUGAACCUGCAGAGGGAGAGAUAGCAGAGGACAGCAAGACUGACACGGACGGCCUCAAGACCACCAAACUCAUGUAUGAAGUGGCUGACAGCAGCAGUAACUGGGCGGUGUGUGGGAAGAGUUCAGGGAUGGUGUCCAUGCCCGUGUCUGCGAACGCCACCCACAAGGUGCAGAUCGAGGUUAUGCCUCUCUUUGCAGGACACCUGCCCUUCCCCAAAAUCAAAGUGCUGAAGUACCUGCCUCACACUGCAGCUGUGGCCAUACAACCUGACCCUGACAGCUGCGUGGAGAACGACAGCCUGUCUCUGCUGGACAAGACGCUGGACGACCAGGCGGACACGGCGAGCAUCCGCAGCCGGGGCAGCGUGCACUCUGUGGGCAGCGGCGACCAGCAGCAGAAGGGCGUGGCCAUGCCGCGCUUGGAGCCCUUCAGCCCCGGACAGGUGUUCAAUCACAGCCACACACGGCAGGUCCUGGUGCUGCCCGCCACCGACGACCACAUCAUGGAGGUCAACGCUACAUGACCCUGGUGGCAGGACUGCCCGCCCCCUUCUUCUAGAACUGAACCCAGGCCCUGGAUAGACUCUGCUGAGCUUUCGCUCUGGGGCAGAUCGGGUCCAUGAGUCCAUGUCAAAGACGGCUGCAGGCUGCCGGCAUGGACUCACCCCUAAGCAUGAAACGUUCACAUCACUGGAGACAUUACGGACUAGACGCAGUGACGAGCCAAUGACAUCUGCUGAUAAAAUUUAAAUAAAGAUUUUUCUUUGCCAUACUUUGUACAUAGCUCAUUGGAUGGAUUUAUAGUUAUAAAUAUAUAAAUAUAUAUAUGGACUGAUCGAUCAGAUCGGUGCCCGUCGUGCUCCUUGGAACUGAAGAACAGAACGGUCCUGAUUGUCCCAUGAUGCACCAAAGCCCUAGAUGUGUGUACGCCUCAGUCAAAGUUCUAGUACUUGAGUAGCUGAUGGAGUGUGUCCAGCUGUGAAAGCUGUUCCUGUGCCUCUCAAGGAGUCAUCACUUUUACAUUUGAGACUUUCGCCUUCUAUCAUAUUCGAAUAGGGCUGGGCAGUAUGAGGGAAAAUUAAAUAUCAUGACAUUUUUUUAAAUUUUGUUGGUGUUUUCACAAAAUACUUAUGAGAAUUUAAAAAAAGAAUCUUCAGUAAUGUGGAUAUAAUGACAAAGAGAGUUAAAGGUGAUUAUUAUAACAGCUAAAAGUCUGGUAAAUUAAGAACAUUUAAAUAACUUAAAAACAUGGAAAAGACAGCACUUAUUAGAAUAUUAAAAAAUAUCCUAAAUCUAACAUCUCACAUAAUAUUGAUAUAUUUCCCAGCCCUACUUUGAAGUUGAUUAAAUAUUACAGAAGUCAAAAUGAGGAAGGUUAACAAAUGCAUCUUUGGAGACAAAUCCAUAAUCCUGUCCUGCUGGUAUAAAAAAAAAAAGAUCCCUCUGCUGUAUAUUGAAGUACAAUAUUAAUUCUUGGAUGAAACUACUUUGUAACAGCCUGAUAAUGGUCCUGAAAUUAUCACAAUCUCAGCAUUUAGAUAGUUUUAAUGUUGUCAUGUGAAAUUGAUAAAAUGGAAACUCGGCCACAUUUUAAACUAAUAUUGUUGUGUUUUAACAAAUUUAAAUGCUUAUAGGUAGAUUUAUCAAUUAAAUAUCCAACAUUUAUUCAGUAAGUAAUCACUGCAUUUUAUUUGCAUUUUCUGUUUUACAAAAAAGGACAGAAAUUAACUAGUUUAUUUCUAAAAUGAAGUUGCGGCUGUUUCUUUCAACAAGGAUAACAUGUUAAAAAUUCCACAAACUGAAUUCUAAAUUUCAGUUUUAUUUCAAGAUAACAGCAAAGAAUUAUUUUUUCUACGUGCAGGAUAGGACAGUCUUUAAUGAUUGUGAAAAUAUCUUCAAUCUUCAGUAAGAUUUAUUUAUUUUUAACAAAAACAGUGACGUAUAUUCUCUGCAAACAUCAGCACAAAGUUCUCAAAUGUAAAACCGAUGACGACAUGAGACAUGUUUCAGACUGAUUCUAGCACUGUGUGUUGUGUGUAUCUGUUCAGCUGUAGUUGUGUGAAUGUGUGAGGCUCCAUGUGUAUGUGUCUGUACGAUUGUGUGUGUGUGUGAUAUCAGGUGAGAUCAGCCAGUGCACAUUAUUGUCUAUCUAUUGUCUUACCUUUUCAGUGGAUUGUUCAUAUACAGUGUGUGUAUAUUUAUUCUGUGCGUGGGUAGUGAGUGAGUGAGUGUGUGUGUUGGUGUGUGUGUGUGUGUGUGUGUGUGGGUGCGUGUUUGUCGCCACAUCCUUGUCUGAGCUAUGCACACAUACUGUUUGGUGUCGAGUAGAUGAAUGACAUUUAUUGGAUUAAUUCAUUCAUUUAUUUGAGAGGAUGAAUGUCAGCUACUCCCCUCCCCUCCCUCCUCCUGUCCUACCACACACACACACACACACUCACACUCACACACACACACACACACACACACAGACAGUGUAACUACAGCCUCCUGUUCCUCUUUGACCACUGUACAUACUGAUCUGUAAAUAAUGAUUCAAAUCAAAAUCAUCUUUGAUUGCCAACUAUAUUAAAAAAUCAUUGGAACUGACUUGAUGUAUUUAUAAGAACUUUGUUGUUAAAGAUGUAACUCCAACUCCAUGUGCAUUAAUCUGCUUUCAUUCUUGUGGGUGCCUGGACACUCAAACAGAUAAAAAGUUUUGUUUUCACUACUUAUUGAAGGUAAGGGUCUGUAGAACAAAUUUGGUUUGAGUAUCAAGCACUCAGAUGAAUAAUUGGCCUUUAGGUGGUGUCAAAAAUAUGUCAUAACUUUUGAUUGAAUUACCUGAUCUGAACAUAUGAGCUAUGUAUGGGUCCAAGAUGAGGAGUAGCCACUGGUAUUUCAAGCAUAUUGCCCCUAGGAGCAAUAUUUCUUCUGUUUUUUGCACAUAUCUACAAAAAUAGACAUCAACUUUAAACUUCAGUUGUCACAAGCCAAAAAUGUUAAAUCAAUAAAUAUCGGUGAAAAAACUGAACACACUCUGGAUCAGCUGUCAGUUACAUCUGAGAAGUAAAGUAAGGAAGUCCCCAUAAUGGACACAAGGUGGCG